AUGUGUUACCAAUUCAGAAUCGAAUACGAGGCUUGCGGCCAUCAUAGCCAGCCGGAGUACAAGCCUUGUGGAUCUCCGAGCUGCACGAAGGUCACCCUAGUUGUGGCAGACGACGAGAUUCUGGACUUUUGUCCUGAGUGUUUUCUAAUGGAUAUUGUAGAUUUCCGUCAAUAUGUGGAAAGGCCGUACACAUAUGAAGUAUAUCGGAUCAUGAGAAUCACGUCCCGUUGGCACUCUACACGAAAUCGAGCCAAGGAAAUGUACGCGCGGGCAGCAAAAUAUUACGAAGCUACUUCUGGGGCGAAUGACAUCUUGGCCCUCGUGACCCCGGACGGUGCAACGUUUGACUAUACGCGGAAUUCGGUUGUCCUACAUGUGCUCAAAAUGCUCACGCGGGACUUUUGGGCAAGAAUCAAGUACAAUGUUUCUCCUCAGCCAACGCUGCGAGAGCGAAUGUUGAUCCUCCAGCUCAUCAAAGUCAGAGACCAAGGGUUUAUUUACUUUGCUCUGGAAGAAUUUCAGCGCAGAGCAGACCAGAUCAACUCUCUUACUACUGUUGUGCCUGAAGAAGAUAUCGCUGAGAAUGAUUAUUGCAAUAUCUGCCAUGAAGUUCUCGGUAUCCCAAACGAAGACGGCAAAGUGGAGCAUUGCGUCAAGACCAUUUCAUGCAACCACAUGUUUGGUAAUCUAUGUAUGGCUGCGUGGUUAACUAAGAAUGAAGGUGAGUGGUCCUGCCCCAUUUGCCAGGGCAUCCUUACUCCUAACGCCCAACCUGAAGUCCAAGAGGAGCCUGUCACACAAAACAAACGCCAAGUAAAGUUCAAAAACUGGUGUGGGAAAAUUGUGAGAAUGGAUAGAGCUCAAACUCCAGAGUGGAUGAUUGCUCUUCUUGAUGCCACCGACAUGGAAGAGGGGGACGAGGGCGAGGAUGGCGAAGACGAAGAAGAAGAAGAAUAUGAGAAGGACAAUGGCGGCUACGCGUCUAAUAGUGAAGAGGAUGCCUUUAAUACUCGCCUGCGGCACACAAUUGUCGAUAUGGAAAGAAUGUUUGGUUUCCAUUUCGAAUUUGAUUAUCGACCAAGGGCUCUCCCGAGAAUCUGGACGCAAGUCGUGAAUCUCCUUCCCACUCGCGUUCGAGAGGCAUUCAGAUCGUACACGUAG